UCUUGUUAUCUUGCCACUAUAUACAAAGAACUAAAGAAAGUUAGAUAUGAAGCAAAACCAGAUGAAAUCAAACCUGGUUCCCAUCAACUACUGGGCAGUUUUAUUGAAUCAGAGCUCAACAAAAUGGGCACUUCCUGAUUCUGCAGCCACCCAAUGCAAUCUGUCUCCUACUUUAAAUAAACCACCAAAAAAAAGAAAUGGUGCUGUGAGAUUAAGGCCAAGGAUAACAGACACUGUUAAGGGGAAGCUGAUCCUUGGGGCAAAACUUCUCCAAGCUGGUGGCAUCGAAAAGGUGUUCAAGAAGAAUUUCGGUACUGUUAGAGACGAUGACGAAAAGCUGUUGAAGGCAUCUCAAUGUUAUUUAUCAACAACAUCUGGUCCAAUCCCGGGCCUACUCUUUGUAUCUACUCACAAAGUUGCCUUCCUUAGUGAUAGAUCAAUCAAAAUCCUCUCUUCAACUGGAAAGUCCAUGAGAAUGCCUUAUAAGGUAUCAAUCCCAAUUGCAAAAAUUAAGAGAGCAAAUGAAAGUGAGAAUUUGAAGAAUCCAUCAGAGAAGUACAUACAAAUAGUCACGGAAGACCAUUUUGAGUUCUGGUUUAUGUGGUUCCGACAUCAUCAAAGAACCUUGAAAUAUCUCCAGAAUGCAAUCAUCUCGAUUUGAAGCUCAGUAUAUCUGUAGAAAUAUCCAUUAUGAUUCUGAGUUAAGCAUAAAAAUAUUCUUUCCUUGUAAAAAAUGUAGAUCAGACAAAGUGGUAGGGCUCAAAACACUGUAUAUAAGAUUGGAUAAGUGUUGAAGCAGUUCUUGGAAAUUGUCAAGUAUACACAUUAAACUUAUCCAUUCCUGUUAUAUGAACAGAAAAUUAAAGGCACAAUAUUUGA